CCCUUCGUCCUUUCCAGGUGGAUACCAAAAUUGUUCAAUGACUAUACAGCAUUUUGAUCAUGUGAUCAAAACGGUCAUCCAUUUUGUAACUUUCAGCCAGUAGGUACGAAGACCGAAUAUUUAAGAUUCUUCGGUUCGUUGGCACAAAUGGCGACGCUUAGGCUUAUGGACUAUCAAAGUUUGCGUUUGAAACGGUAGCCAGCUGAUGUGGGAGAAACAAUUUAAACAGUUUGUUAUCCUUAUCAAUGAAACCAAAGAAAGAUACAUGUAUGGAUAAUCAACAUGCAUCAGAACAGGAGGAGGAAAAAGAGACCAAGUUAUGGAGUUCGAACUGUAGAAAUCAGCCGGGGAAAGAAUGGCUUUGGUUUUACUAUUUCUGGACAAGCACCAUGCAUAUUAAGCUGUAUUGUCACAGGUAGUCCUGCAGAGAAGGCUGGCCUUCGACCUGGGGAUUUUCUCAUUGCUGUGAAUGGACAUAAUGUUUCGAAAGCUCCACAUGAUGAUGUAGUUCGUUUAAUUGGAAACUCUAAUGGAGUUCUGAAGUUGCAAAUUGCAGAAAAUUAUUACUCAGACUCAUCUGAUGAAGAGUUUGUUGCUGUCACCCGACCUCGGCCAAAAUAUCCUCAUCGUUUAAGACGACAUCAUCAGUUCAAUGUGUGUCGUGCAGAAAAAGUUGUCCAGGAUCUUCAAUCAGGAGCUCUGUUUGUAGAUUUACCAGGUGGAUCUACACCCCAUCCCAAUCAGAAACGUCAUUCAAAAGAUGGAGGAAAUCUUCCAAUUGAUGUGACACUCAACAUGGGCAGCAGGGCUAACAGACCCUUACUGGAUCUUAUUUUACAACAUAGACUCCGAGGAUCUGGUUCUAGAAGUUCUGGUUUAAUUGGUUCUCCAGUCUGUGAUCUAGGAGUUAGGGUCAUAUCUAAAAUCAAACAAACUCCAAAUUCAGUAAAACGUAAAGAUCAGAAGUUUCCAAAAAGCCAAAGUCAUCCUGAUCACCUAAAUAUAUCUGGUGUUACAAAGCCAUUUCAUUCAGUCUUCACUGAGCAAGAACUUAACAAUAUUCUAUACCCAACAGGAAGCAGACAGUGUGACCAAGAAGACAAAGAAGAUAGUUCAUCAAGUAACAUUAUCUUACGUGCUGUUGUUGGCUACUUGGGGACAAUUGAAAUGCCCAAGGAACCUCAAUUACAGAGUUGUCGUCUUCAGGCCAUCAGGAACUGCAUUCGAAGGUUAAGAAUAGAAAAAAAGGUUCAUACCUUAGUUCUGUUAUCAGUUUUCUCUGACAGUGUUGUUCUUACUAAUCCCCAUGGCUUAACUUUAGCAAAAUUUCCAGCUGAGAAGAUUACUUUUAGUGGAGUUUACUCUGAUGAUAAAAAGUUUUUUGGUCUGGUCACUACUCACAAUGUUAAUGAAGAUGUUGUUGAAGAAAAUAGGGUUUCUCCUUCAGCACUUAGUAGUUCAUGCCAUGUGUUUAUGGUUGACCCAAAACUUCAACCCCAUCACCAACAUUUGAAGCGUGCAAAAGCUUUCCAUCUCUCUUGUACAUUAAAUCCAGUAACUAAUCGAUGUAAAGAGUUUCCAGAAUCUGCAGAACCCAUCUUACAGGUUAUAACAGGCUUGUACAAAAGUAGACUCGGCCUAAACAUCGAUGCUGCACCUGGUUUAGUUGACAUAGAUGCUCACAUCUCUCCUCAGCCCAGCCACACCAGUAGCAAUAGCAGCAACAGUGACAGUGGAAUAGGUUUCAGAGAUGAAGUGGGAAAUGCCAGUGAUCGUGUGCUUAUCGUUGAUGUUGAAAACUUUAACCGCUACAGAACCAACAGCUUGGAUCGGCAGACAUUAUCUGUCCCAGCACUAAGCCUUACAAGGCAACCACUUCGAAUGUUACCAGUAUCUCAAGAAAACAAUUCUCAGACGUCGAGUAGUCAACACCAAAACAAUGAAGGAAAUAAGAAUAGCUCACCUCAAAACGUUCCUGAUGACCAAUCAAGUAGAUUGACUGUUCGAGCUAUGCCUGACCCUGUUGGUUUCCAAAGGGCUAAUGUUUCUCUGAAUUCAGAAAGACUUGAUGCUCAGACUAACCCAAGCAAUAUUCGUUUGAGCAUGCACAAGUAUAUGCAGCAGCAGAAUCAAGGAAAUUUUCUUGUUCCCCAAAACUACCAAACCUCUGGCUUCUCCAAGUCUUCAGUAGGGAGUAGCCAAGAUAAGUCAGAAGAAUGUAUUGUAAAGCAGAAACAAGUUUUGACUGGUUUCCCUAACACAACCAGCCAGCAUCUUGCAAACUAUAAGCUUAGUCCUAAGGUAUAUGGAUUAGACCCUGUCAUGUUGGUGGCCAACAAGUCUGAAAUUAAACAGUUAUGUGAAGGUGGUGAUAAUAAAGAGCCACAAGUCUUGAGUGAAAUAACAACAGAGUAUUUUGAUGAACAAACUAUAUUAAAUGUUAAAGACCACAAAGAUUGUGGUGAUUGUAAGAUUUAUGACAGGGUUGUGGAAGGAGCAGAAGAUGGAGAUGAGAGUAAAGCAGUUCAGACAUCAACACAGGAUGAAGAUAGCAGUGAAGAUGGCUGUCCUAAGAAGGUUGAACACGGACUGGAGGCAACAAAGAAGUGGGUUAGGACAUCUUCUCUUCGAAGGCACCUGGGAAGAAAACAGAGUGUUCGAAGAAAGACUCAUGAGGCAGGGACGGUAUCAGAUGGGGAGCUAGCUACCAGUAAACACUCCCCAGCAGGAAGUAUGCUGGACUUGAACCAGGCUAGUGACAAUUCCAUCAAAGGUAGCAGCAGUUGCUGUAACUCAGAGAGAGGAGUAGACGUUGGACGAGUUGGUGGGUGGGCAGCAGGAUUUAACCAGUUACUGGAAGAUCCAGCUGGGCUUUAUACCUUUACCGAAUUUUUGAAAAAAGAAUUUAGCCAAGAGAACAUGAUGUUUUGGAUAGCUUGUGAACAGUACAAGAAACUAGGUGAUAAAGAGAAGAUGAAACAGAUGGCCAAGGACAUCUUCAACAAGCACAUGUGUGUUGGUGCACUGGAGCCUGUCAAUGUUGAUAGCCAGGCAAGACAAGUUACAGCUGAUGGAUUAGAACAACCAACAUCUAACCUUUUUGUUGCUGCUCAGAAACAGAUAUUUAAUCUUAUGAAGUUUGACUGUUAUCAGAGGUUUCUCAAGUCACAGUUGUUCAAAGAGUGUAUGAUGUGCGAGAUGCAGGGACGGCCCCUGCUAUAUGAAGGACAAGCUGACACUCUAUUUGCUGAAUUUGGAAUUAGUGAUGACAAGGGAAAUUUUAAAGAGAAGAGUAAAGAGGAUGCAGAAGAGAGAAGAAGGAAGUAUCUUUUACCUUGGCAUAAAAGCAAUAAAAGUAAGCCUUCUGACAAUAAGAAAGGAGUAGGGAAGCUUGUAGACAGACAGUCUGAUCUCCGCAAAUCUUCAAGAAGGAAGAAAGAAAAAGAAAACAUUAAAGCUGAGGACACCAGUUCAACAUGUUCCACCAAUUUUACAGGAAGCCGUUCAUCAGUUGCAAGCAGUGAAUUUGGAAUGUUUUGUAAACCAGCAACAUCCAAAGAGUCCCUGAAUUCUAUUGAAGUAGCAACAUUUUCAAGCCAAUUUCUAGAGGGUUGUCACCUAUGUCGAGUAAUUCUCCCAGACAAGUCAACAACUGUAAUCAAGACACAGCCUGGUGAAACUAUUGGCACAAUGUUACGUAGAUUGAUUGAGAGGCGGGGAUUGGGUUUCUCAGCUGCUGAUGCAUUCAUUGUUGCUACAGGAAAGGCUGUUGACCAGAAUGCAGAUGUUGCAACUUUAGGAUACCAAGAACUUCGCAUGGAACAGCGAAUCCUUUUCUGCUUGGAUUUGCCUCAGAAGAAAGUCGUUGGAGUGAAGGCAAAACCUGGGAAGUCGUGUGGAGAAGUGUUGAAACCCAUUUUGGAGAAGUACCACUAUAAUAUAGAACAUGUUGUCCUUCAACUGGCUCGAACUCAGAAACCUGUGACAAGCCUGAUGCCAAUCUCUAUUUUAGAUAAUCAGCGAGUGUUGGUUCAAACUAAGGAUGACUACAAAGAGUGGGUUCCUGAAAGCGGUAAGAUAAUUCCAAUAGCUGUUCGGUUACAACAGCCAGUGAGUACUCCAGAACAAGAGGAUGUUACUAAAAAAGCAUUUGAAGAAUUGUUAAACCAAAGCUCGCAACUUCAAUUUGAUGACUUGGGUGUAGUGGAUUUAGAAAAUCAAAGAUCUGUGGAGAACAAAGUAAAUUCUUUGCAAGCAACACUACAACUACAAAGUGGUUUUACUGAACCAAAGAAGUUGCCAUCUGGCCUGGUUCGUCGCAACUCGUUUCAUCUAGACCACGAAAGUCAGUCCAGUCUGAAAAACAAAUCAAAGUUUAAUUUUGGUAACCGAACUUCUUUACAUGAAGCAAUGGGCAUAAGAGUUCAACUUCCUAUGCUGGAUCAUCCUAUUUCUAGUCAAGAUGGAACAAAACUGGAACGGGAUGACCUUUUUGAAGUGUGGAAUAGAGCUGAGAGGGGUCGACUUGAUGAUCAACGAGGCACAGAGAUCAAUUUUGAACUACCAGAUUUUCUCAAAGUAGAAUCUAAUUUAUUAAGUAAAAAAAAGCGGCUUGGGCAAAGUCUUCCUGCAGAACAGGAUCUGAGAGAAAUUGUGAAAUACAGAGGUAGAGACCAUUCAAAGAAAGAUAGAAGGUCACAUUUACCUUUUGCAAAGCUUGAAAAAGAUUUGGAUAUUUCACCGACCCUACACUUUUCUGAUCACAGUUUCAGUGUUGAUUCAAUUUUUCCUACUUCCGAACAAGCUGAGGAAUACUUUGGUGCCAGCUUGAGAUGUAGGCCUCACUUAGGCUUUCCAGGUGACAUGCAGGAAAGAUUUUUUUGUGAUUGGAGAAUUCCUCCUACAACUAGACAACGUCCAGUUCCUCCUUUGCCAGGUAUACCACUGGUCAAGCUCCCUCCUCGGCCUUCUUCCCAUCCAAUCCCACGUUUUCCACCAUAUCAACGACCUACUACCAGAAGUCUUCCACUCUGCAUUGAAGAGUCAAGUUUUAGAGCUCCAUCUAUAUCUCCAGCAACAGACAUGGAUGAUCCCUUGUUCAAGGAUAACAUAGAGACAUUAGACUUAGAUUUGGAUCUUGAUGUAAAUUUGAAAGCUCAGCAAUCAAAUGAUGAAUCCCUGAAUCGGUUGAAGAUGCCCCCUCCAUCAGUCUUAACCAGUACUGCUAUUCAUUUAGACAAGACCAAUUAUUCACCAGUUAAAAUAGCUAUAAGUGACAGUAGUUCAGAUAAAAAGUCUUUUUCCCCACCUCCUUGUCAUCAUUCACCCACCAGAAGAUUAUCCUGUGAACCACCCCCUCUUCCUCCUAAAGCUAAAACCCGAGGCCCUCCACCCCGCCCUCCUAGUCGUCAGUGUCCAUCUUUGAAUGCUCAUUGUUGUCAAGGUUCAGAAGAGGAACUAACUGGAGAGGAUGAUUUCCGUAUCCCUCUUGCCGCUACCACUCAGAGCAUAGCCAAUAGUAGGUCAGAGUUCAACAAACUGAAAAGCUGGACAAAAAGAGGACUUCAGCAUGAAAAGGAAAACUCGUCAACUAAAUGUAACAUUAGCUUUGUAUAAUCCAGCUUUCUCUAGAAAUAAAUCUUAUGGCAGUAGUUUUUUUAUGAUGUUGCCAUAUGUAUGAAAAUUGUAUAGGUUGAAACUAGAACAUGUUUUGUUGUUUCUCUUUAAUGUGUGUGUUUGAUAAUCCUAUACUUGUAAAGAAAUGCAAAUUUAGUGCAAGUGUUGUUGCUAAUCCUUUUAGUUCAUUGUGUUUUCAUGGUGUAGAAAUGUUUUGUUUUGAAAAUUGUGUUAACUGGGCACAAAAAUAAAUCGUAUCCCAACUCUUAUUUAUAUAAGCAUAAAAUGUCUAUUAUAAAACAAGAUAACAUUUCUUUAUAUAUAUAUAUAUAUAUAUGUAUUCAGGGAUUUAAAGAACUUAGUUUUUAGAACUGAAACAAUUAAAAGGUACAUCCAUAAGUUUUGUCUGAAGCUACUUGUUAUUUUUUUGAGAAUAUUUUACCACAAGAACUGCAUUUAUUUUGCUUUGAUUUCAACUACAGUUUACUUCCAAAACUUAAUUCUUGUUGUAUCAGUAUGACUGACCUAGGUGCCAGUAAUAGUCAUGUAGGCCUCAGCCUUCAAGUUUUAUUGACAAAUAAGUAGAGAAAUUAAUUUCAUCAGCAAAUGUUAAGAAACUAGUCUAAAUUUGUCAGAUUAAUCAGACUUACACACAAAUAUAUAUUACAAUAAUUGGUUCCAUCAGGCUGCUCCAAUUAGCCAGAGUCCUAAACUUAAAUAGCUAAUUAUCUGUUAUUUUAUCUUUCUUUUUGAUUGUACUCUUAAUUGAAAACAAGGAAGUAUGUAGGGAGUAAAUAAUUGAGAAUACCGACAUCGCCUUGCUGAAUAGUUUACUGAUUUCAUCUUCAUUUGAUUGCAGGGGAUCAGUGUUUACUUGAGAAAUGUUUUCAGUACAUUUGGUAUUGGUUAUGAGGUUGUGUAGUUCAUCUGUACUCCUAAUAUUUAUAGACAGCAGAUAAUGAUACCAUAUGAUCUUAUUGUUAUUUACCACUGAAAUUUAUGUAAUUGUAAGCUAUUCCAGUCAAAAAAGAUUUUAAUCAUGACAUCUGGACAUUCAUUGAGAGAGAGAAAAAAAGUAAUAAAAUAUGUAGGCACUAAGAUUAGUAUAUUUGUUACCUAGCUUUUUUUGCUAGCAUAGUUGUACGUAGUUAAGCAGGAUGGGCUGAAACUUGCAGGAGAGAAUAGGUUAAAAUAUAUUAAAUUUUUCAAUGUAAUUUAAAUACAGCACAUUGUUGCUCUAGUUUUUCCAUCAGUGAUUUUUGAAAAAGGAAUUGGAAGAGUAUGAAUGAAAUAUCUGCAGUACUGAAUACAAUAAGUGUUUGACAUUAGGCUCAAGUACCUAUUUCCUUUUUAUUCUACUAGAACUGACCAUGUAGUGUAGUUAAAAUAAUAAUAUCUGGCAUGAAACGCUAUCCUUGUCUAUCAUAUGAAAGUGUACAUACUGGAAAUUUUUUAACUUAUUUAUUUUGUUCAACUUGUGACCUUUGCUCUACAGUUUAAAGAUGGCCCAAUUUUUAUAGCCUUCUACAUGAAUAACAAGUUUGUGUAACGGAAAGUAUUCUUGCUGGUCCUGUCGUUAAUGCAAUAACUGUGCUAGUCGGUUUUAGUUGAAAGUAACUUUUUGAUUGAUGUUUCUUCUGUUAUUUACAAUUAGAUAUCCUUCAAGUUGUUUGUUUCACUUAUCUAUUAAAUUCCUUUCUUUAUCUUGUUCAGUGUUUAUGAUUAUUUGACAGCUGAUCUCCUGAAACUAGUUUUUUUUUUCAUACUUUAAACAAAUGAACUUUACUCUGUUAAUAAAUUCUGUUUUGUAAAUUAAGUUGUUUCUUCGUCUGAAGCUUGAUUUUAUCUUAGAAAUUAUUCGUAGGAUUUUUACUAGUAAUUCUAACAUUUCUAAUUUAUAAAUGUUAUGACAUAUAAAGCCUGAGCUAGCAAGCUUGACAGUUAUUGUUUAUACAAAUGAUUUAAAUGGCACCUAGACCACUGCUGUUGCUGUGUUUGUUGUAUCCCUGUUGUCUUGAUGAGCCUUGUUAUUGGAUGUGACAGGUGUAGUUUGGUUGACAUAUUUCUUCUUUUUUUUUCUAUACUUUCAAUUGUAAGCUCUUAGAAUUGCUAAUAUUAAACCAGUAAUUAUAAUUGUUAUGGUGAUGUGAUAUCACUUUGGUGUUUAUACUUACAAAAGGUAACAAAAAAAAUAUUUUGUGGAGUAGAGAGAAAACUUAUAAAUUAAGAGCAUAUUGAAGGAAUAAAAUUGGACAGACUGACAUACAUACAGAAUUUUCCUCUUAUUUGGUAGCAAGAAGUCAUAGGUAACCUGAAAUGUAAUCUAACAGGAAUCUUUUGUAGCAAAAAAAGUAAAAACUACAGUGGAGUUAUUCUAGAAAAAGAGUUCUUUGUUUUCCUUUGCACAUCCACUUUUGGACUUUAAGAAGUAAUUUAAUUGAGGAGUGGAAUGGUUAGAUAUUGGGUUGACCCUUAAAAUCAAAGUUAAAUUAUGUUAAUUCAACACUUGGGCAACGUUUUAAAUGUUAAUUUUACAGCCCAGAAUUCUGUUAGUCAGUCCUAACUUGCACUACUUCUUAUGCAUUGUUUUUAUUCAUCCCAAACUAAGAUGCUAAUGCAAGCUGUUCACCACCAUGAAAACAUGUCUAAGAUGGGGGCUCCUCAGUCAGAAUAUGGAAUGUUCUGGAGUGGUUUUGUGCUGAAGGAGUUUGGGAGCCCCUGGUCUAAGAAUAUGUAAUUAGAUCAUUCCCUAUUACAAGGUACUACAGAAAAGUGCUACAAUUCAGCUACCUGUUUUUCAAAUGUUUAGAUAUUUAACUUUUUUGGACCACUUGUUAGCAGCUUAAUAUUCCAUUGGUCUUAAAAGUUUCUAAAUCAGAUGUUUAAUUUUUGAUUUAUAUUAAUACUAUCAUGAUAUCUUGAAUCUUUAAGGUAUUGUUCCUAACUCAGAUGAUUUACAAAAUAGUUCAGUGCUAAAUUUGUUUCAUCGCUUUUAACGUGUUAGAUGUGAAAAUAUUUAAAUAUCUUAACUAAUUCCACAUAUUGUCGCCAGAUAAUUCCACAGAUCUUUUUUUUUUUAUGAGUUUAUACUUUAGCCAUAAGUAUUCUUUGUUAUGAAAAACUUUAAUACUACAAUCGUGUAGUUUAGUUUUGGCACCUUUGUUCUCUGUCAUUUUGGAAGAAUGUCAUAUUCCUGUACGUAUAUGUUUUUUUUUUUUUACCUCGUGUUCGAUAUUGCUAGAUAAUGUUUUAUUGGAGGUUUUGUUAACCUCACUUCUACCAUUGUCUUUGGCAUUUUUACUUUAUUUUCACAUUUCUGUUUUGGAGAAUGUAAUAUGUAAAUAUUGUGUGUGGUUCAAGAGUUGUACGUAGUAAUUCCAGAAUAUUUCUUUCGUGAAUAUAAUAAUUGGUAUUGGAUAAUUAUUGAUAUUUUUAUAUAAACUUGUUAAUAUUCAUAUUUGUGUGAAAUUAGAAUUUCUGUAUGAAAGCGAGUGCCAAUUUGUAAGUCAUAACAAUCGUACAAUAACAUGAGUAAAUGAUGUGGCUAAAAAAUGUUUCUUAACUUUGUCAGAAAAAUAUUGUACAUUUGUAGUUGCUUGGGGUAAUUUUUUGAAUCUGGUGUAUAACCUGAACAUUUUCUAUUUGUGAAGGUGGUGUUCGUGAACAAUAUUUAUAUUUGGGUUGGGAAGGAGCGGUAGAAUUACGUCACAACACAAUUCCAGUAUUGGGUUUAAUACAUUGUAUAUUUAUCUUCAGAAUAAAGCUUUUUAUUUUAUA